AUGUCAAACAUUGCAAGAAAAAGUUCAAAUAGUGCAGGUCAAUUCGUUGCUGCAGGACAAGUCCAAAUAUAUAAAAUGGCAUCGUCAAAAAUCAUUAGACAUUCAUCAUCAAAUUCUACCUCAUCAGAAUUGAAUAAAAUCAGCAAAAAUAUUACUCAACCAAAGUCUCAAGGAGCAUCUCAAGCAAUGUUAUAUGGGACUGGUUUGUCAAUUGAAGAUAUGGAUAAAGCUCAAGUUGGUAUUAGUAGUGUAUGGUAUGAGGGCAACACAUGUAAUAUGCAUUUAUUAGAUCUGGCCAUGAAAGUUAAAGAAGGUGUCAAAAAGGCAGGAAUGAUUGGCUACAGAUUUAAUACUGUUGGUGUAAGCGAUGGUAUUAGCAUGGGAACAAGAGGUAUGAGCUAUUCAUUACCUAGUAGAGAUUUGAUUGCUGAUUCAAUUGAAACUGUAAUGGGUGGUCAAUGGUAUGAUGCCAAUAUAUCAUUGCCAGGAUGUGACAAAAAUAUGCCAGGUUGUUUAAUGGCAAUGGGUAGGAUUAAUAGGCCUUCGUUAAUGGUUUAUGGUGGAACAAUCAAACCAGGCCAAAGUACUUGUGGAUUGGGUAAAUUGGAUAUCGUAUCAGCAUUUCAAGCAUAUGGCAGUUAUAUUUCUGGAAAGAUUACUGAAGAAGAAAGAUUUGACAUUAUAAGAAAUUCUUGUCCUGGUCCUGGUGCAUGUGGUGGAAUGUAUACUGCAAAUACAAUGGCAUCAGCAAUAGAAGCGAUGGGAAUGACUUUACCUUAUUCAUCAUCGAUACCUGCAGAAUAUCCUGAAAAAGAAGAAGAAUGUUUGUCAGCAGGAGAAGCAAUUCGUAACUUGUUGGAAAAAGAUAUAAAACCAUCUGAUAUCAUGACAAAAAAAUCCUUUGAAAAUGCUAUUGUGCUAACGAUGAUACUUGGAGGCUCUACAAAUGCUGUUCUACAUUUGAUUGCUAUUGCUAGAACUGUUGGUGUUGAAUUGACAUUGGACGAUUUUCAAAAGAUUAACUUGCAUAAAAUUGGUGGCAUACCAGAUAAUAAUAAAAUUCACGGAGAUGUGUUAACAGUGACUGGAAAAACUUUAGCAGAAAACUUAUCAUCAAUUGCACCAAUUUCAUUUGACAAUCAAAACAUAAUAAAUCCAUUGGAUAAGCCAAUCAAAUCAACAGGUCAUAUACAUAUUCUUAAAGGUAAUUUGGCACCUGAAGGUUCUGUGGCAAAGAUUACCGGUAAAGAAGGUUUGACAUUUAAAGGCAAAGCAAAAGUUUUUGAUGGUGAAGAAGAUAUGUUAAAAGCAUUGGAAAAAAAUGAAAUUAAGAAAGGUCAUGUCAUAAUUAUAAGGUAUGAAGGUCCUAAAGGAGGUCCUGGAAUGCCUGAAAUGUUAACUCCAACUAGCGCUAUUAUGGGUGCAGGACUUGGUAACGAUGUUGCAUUAUUAACAGAUGGAAGAUUUUCAGGUGGCAGUCAUGGAUUUAUAAUAGGGCAUAUUACACCUGAAGCACAAUUGGGUGGUCCAAUAGCAUUAGUGAAAGAUGGUGAUGAAAUUGUUAUAAAUGCAGAGAAUAAAUCUAUUGAUGUUGAUGUUAGUGAUAAUGAGCUUGAAGAGAGACGUAGAAUGUGGAAAACCCCUCCUUACAAAUUUACUAAAGGAACUUUAUACAAAUACAUCAAAAAUGUUAAAUCAGCUACUGAAGGCUGCGUUACUGAUGAAUAA